AUGGCGACAACGAUCUCAAAUGUGGAUGGCGGCCAGACGUGCCUGUCUUGUAAGGAUAUUCCUGAACCUAUAGAAUGUUCCAUUGUGACGCAAUGCGGUGAACAUGAGCAAUGUUUUGUUCAGAAAUACGUGAACUAUGCUGGUCAUGUGAGGUAUGAUCUAGGAUGUGCUUCUAAUCUGAGCUGUAACAUGAUACCGACUAGGCGUAAGACUGUCAGAGUUAUCGGCCCUGACAAUUCAGUUGUGUGUGAAGCCUGCUGCAAUAAUACCGUGGUGUGUAAUGGUAAAGGGUUGUGUGGAAGUCAAGUUCUACCGGAACACUCGGGAACCCUCUGUUACGAUUGUGACUUCCAAUCAAAUCCAGAAAGUUGUGAUCACAUUAAGCUCUGCUCCGUUGAUCGGGCAUGUUACAUUGGUCUGGUUCAUGAUGACACUAGCGCCCUCUAUCACUGGGUUUCGGGCUGUGCACUCAGGGAGACCAAAUGUAAAAGUUUAGAGAUGUUCCCAGACAAUCCGUUUUGUUCCAGCUGUUGUGAAGGAAAUUUGUGUAAUAAUCGUUGUCAUAGAAACCAAUCUGUUGAUGUAUGUGCUGACCAGGAUCAGUUUUGUACCUUAUUAAAAGACAGAUGUCAAACAAUGACAGAUGUUAGGAAGGCGUGUCCAAGGACUUGUUCACUGUGUCCCAUUGAUGACUGUAUCGACUCGGUCAAUACUAGCUGUAGUUCCUAUAACCUGUUUGAUAUCUGUAAUACAACAAGUGUAUACUAUCCCUGGGCCUCUGAUCACUGUAGAAAAAGCUGUGGACUGUGUCAUCCAGUUGUGUGUGAGGACACGAUUCCUAACUGUGAUGAAUACAACACGGACAUGUGUACUAACCAUACCUACGCAGCCUUUGUAUAUCUACACUGUAGGAAGUAUUGCCAGAAAUGUUAA